AUGCUAUCGAGGAUGACUUAUGUACAUUAUCCCUCUACCUCUUCUGCAGACGAGGCUUUUUCUAGUGGUGAUCAUUGGCAUAAGCUCAUGAUGGAUAGCAGCAAGAAAACGCUACAACUGGCGAAAGAUAUGCUAUGCAGAGUUUGUGCCAGGCAUGCGUGUACGCCUCUUACUGAUGAAAUAGACGGACACAAUAUAAUGAGUGUUAUGAGGAGUAUUACUAACAUCACUAUAGAACUGGAUGAUUCCCUACCUAAAUUUAUUUGUUCCAACUGCCUUGAGUCACUGAGGCUUGCACUUAAUUUUAAAAGGACUUGUGAAGCCUCAGACAAAAAAUUCAGGAAAAUACUGAACCCAACAGGUAUUUCAACUCCAUCAUAUCCCUAUUCUAAACAUGACUUUCAACUCAUCUUACAUCAAAUGAAGGAAAGAAGACUUAAACAAGAGGAACAAAAAGUCAGAGAACAAAUAAAAAUAGAAAAAUUAAAACAAAAAAAAACACCUAAACUUAAACAGUUUACGUGUUCUCCCUGUGAUUUAACCUUUCCUAAUAAGGAAAAAUUGGUGGCCCAUCGUCGUGAACGUCAAUGUAUGCGGCGUGCUUGCGAUAUAUGCGGGCAGCUUGUCCUGAGCAUCGUCCAACAUAUGCGACACAUACACAAGAAGAGCGUGCCACACAAAUGCAAUACCUGUGGCAAAGAGUUCCCCAUCAUUGCCAGGUUAAAAAAUCAUAUGCUGGUCCAUACAAACACAUUCAACUUCUUCUGUGAUUUGUGUCCAUACAAAUGUAAACACAAGUAUUACUUAGUGAUGCACAUGCGCACCCACACUGGUGAGAAGCCUUAUAAAUGUCAACAGUGCCCUGCUACCUUUGUGAAUCCAUCCAAUUUAAAUAAACACAAACUGACUCACCAGGCUAAACAAUUUAAGUGUACGUUAUGUGAGAAAGCGUUCCGAACUAACACAGCGCUGAGGGAGCACCACGAAGCGACGCAUAUGAACAUCAAGCACACCUGUAAUUAUUGUGGACGUGAUUUUUGUUACAAAUCGGACCUUCGAAAACACGAAAUCCGUAGUCACAAUCGCAUGAAGCGUGACUACAUUGGUGGCGAACCUACGUACAAACAAGUGGAACGACUUCAAAAAAUUCAAGAAAACGAGAUGGAGAAAUGGCGGGCUCAAGAGAUGACGAUAACUCAAGCCGUGCCUGUGGUACAACCAACGUAUAUAGACCCACCUAAGGCCGAGUUCAUAAAUCAUGCUCUUUACUUUUCUGAUGUAACUGGCAUGUUGCAACAGCAACCGGCCCAAAUGAUUCAACAACAGACCGUGGAGUUGACACUGCCCGAGUUGACGUUGAAGAAAGAUGAAGUGAAGUUGUAUGAAACGCAACAAGGAAUGGCCUAUUUCUAA